AUGAUUCGACUUGGAGCCUCGGUAUUUCUCUCCUGCAUGUUAAAAAGAGCUGUUCUAUUUCAAGAUGGUGUCCACCUUAGGAGGUACAUAGCAGAAAUAUACGCCCUUUUUAAAAAGUACCUUAGAAAAGAAAGAAAGCAUGCUACAUGUAUCAUACCCAUAAAGCCACACCAAUCACCUACAUUAGGUGCUUAUUUGAGGCCGUCUGAUCGAUUCAUUCGCCCUUCCUCGUCAGUUGACGCCUUCCUUCUCCAUCGUCAUCAAUAACAAGCCUCGCAUUCGUUUAUAUCUCCAAGAACCAUCCGUUCGUUCGUUGGUUCAAAUCAUUCACUCGCCUCGGCAUCCUAUGUACGUUCUCCACCUUGCCGCAAUAAACAAUCCGACGUAUCAUAUGAUCGACUCAUAUAUAUUUGAGCAAUGUCGGCUCUCUUUAUCGAAUUUUAGAGGUUAAGAUCCGCAGUCGCACAUAAUUACUACCUCGAAAGUAGCAUCAUGGCGAUAGAAAAGGAGAACCACGACGAACGAAAGCGGCCAGCUUUUGGAGGACACCAAAGCGAAGAUGCCGACUUCGAACUUGCCGUGCAAGGGAUGUUGGAAGCCAACUUUGAAGAUUGGCCAAACGAGGCGGGUAUGGAAGGCCUAAACGAAAUACGUGGCCCUAUAGAACUUCCCGUCAAAGGGUCCAUCCCAGCUUGGGCCGCUGGAACGCUAUAUCGCACCGGCCCCGGACAAUAUGUCAUCGAAGGUACUCCCAAAGGCACGUUUCGUACCACACACUGGUUUGACGGCCUAGGACAUUCGCACAGAUUCAACAUUAUCGCCAAUUCAGAAAAUGGGGAUAAUCCCGUAAAAGUAGAAUAUACGUCCCGACGCCAAAGCCAGGCUUUAUACGAUGCUAUCAAGAGAGACGGAAAACGACCCGAUAUAGGAUUCGGGCAAAAGAUGGAUCCAUGCAUCGGCCUAUUUGGCAAGAUUAUGAGCGUCUGGAAAGGAUCUCCAAAGAGAGAUAAUCCCGAAUUUGAUAACGUGUCCGUCGCUAUUCAACCAACCGUACCCGGAUUGCCUUCGAAAGCUAAGGCUACGGUCGCUACGGUCGAGUCCGGCCACCGGAAAGGCAUAAAGAACCUAUGGUUAACUACGGAUCACGGACAUAUGAAAGAGAUAGACCAAACUACCCUGGAACCGAUAGGUAUAGCUAGACAAGAAGCGUUGAACCCGCUACUCAGAGGCCCCUUAAGCUGUGCUCACGCCCAGAGAGACCCGGAAACGGGCGAUUACUAUAAUUACAACCUUCAGCCGGGAUACAAGUCGGUAUAUCGUGUUUUUCGAGCGGCUACAUCAACAGGAGCGACCGAAAUAUUAGCUACCAUAUCCGCCCCCGAUAUAAAACCGGCUUAUAUCCACUCCUUCUUCUUCACGCCGUCUUUCGUGAUAUUAUGCAUUCCUUCGUCGCACCUUGGAAUGAUGGGACUGAGCGUUCCUUGGAAACGUAAUAUGGUGGAGGCUAUGGAAACCUUUGACGAAUCGAAAUUAUGCAAGUGGUUUGUUAUCGAUCGUCUCGAAAACCGUGGCGUCGUCGCUACGUUCGAUAGCCCGGCGGCUUUUUACUUUCACAGCGUAAACUCCUUUGAAGAGCGGGACGAAAAGACGGGAGAUCUCAACGUCUACUGCGACGUUAUGCAGUAUCCUAACCUCGACGUGAUUCGAGCUUACGAAUUAGACGUCAUGCUGCAGAGAAACGGGGCCGCUAAGAAUUUCUGGGGUAACGAAGAGCGCAAUCGAAGCUCGCACGUUCGACUGACUCGUUGGAAGCUUAGGAUUCCCGAAUCAUACUUAAAUGGCGGGGAUACACCAGCGCCUCGACGGAACGCGGAGAAGAUAUUCGAAAUCAAGGCACCUCACGCUGGCGAGCUACCAACGAUUAACCCGGCAUACGCAACUAAAAAGCACCGCUACGUCUAUAGCGUAGCCAACCGCGGCUAUAGUACCAUGUUCGACACCAUCGUGAAGACGGACGUUUCGACUCUCGGCGCGACAUUUUGGGAUAACCCAAAAGGACACACGCCGGGAGAACCUAUAUUCGUGCCGCGUCCUAAGUCGCCCGUAGCACAAGACUUGGACGAAGAUGAUGGAGUGCUUUUGAGCGUCGUACUCGAUGGAACGGGUAAAACGAGUUACCUAUUAUGCCUAGAUGCGAAGACUCUUAAGGAGGUGGGACGUGCGGAAUGCGAUUUCGCCAUAGGAUUCGGAUUCCACGGAAUUCAUUGGCCUUCGGCGUUUUCUGUAACAUCUCAGCUGUAGCCCAACCUAAAAGCAUAUCGCCUAAACCAUCGGUGAUUAUACUUAGGAAUAACGACAGGCGAAUGCGAACGAAUUACGAUACUUGCACAUAGAGC